CCAAAAGCGCUUUAUGCCAACAUUAUUUCACCAGAAGAAGAAUGUCGCCUGUCAAACGUUUGUUAGCAAUCUCAGGCUAACAACUGACAUAUAUACAGUAGUUAGCUAGCUUUAACUGUUGUCAUUCCUGCGGCCCAUAAGACAGUGACAAUAAUGGAGCUGGUAUGGGAGGAUCCCCCAGUCCCUGAAGCUCCAUUCUUUACCCGAGAUCACUAUGACAAAUACUCCCUUGCACCUAGUGUCAGAGAGUUGUGGGCCUUUCUCCAAGGCCCUGUAGAGAAUGCCAACAUUAUACAGGAGCAUGAUGCUGGGGCUGCAAAAGCCUCCUGCUUUCCUACCACAGAAGAAUCUGCGGAGUUUGAAGAUGACAGUUGCAUCGGCAAGGAAGAGUCCUGUUGGGAUAGCUAUGAUAGUGAUGGUUUGUUUGCAGACAAUGCUGCAGAAGGUGCAGAAGACUGUAAGGAUACCAAAAAAACAAAAGUUGAGCUAAAGCAGGUAAAGAAUGAGGCAGAUGCUGCUUAUCCUGAACCCAGACUGCCCUACCCAUGUAUGUCCUGCCUGUCCAGCAAAGAGCAGAAGAUGUAUCUUGGCAUUUUGAAGAGUAAGACAACAAGGGAACCUCCACAGAGCUUAAAGGAACGAGUAAACAAUGAAGUGAUGCAGUUCAUGAGGUAUUUGCAAGAUGUGUCCAGAAUAUGUGCUGACGACUACAGCUUCAUAUCACAAGGAGCUAUGCAAUAUUCAGAGGAUCUCUUCAAGUGCUGUUUGGAGUGCAUUAAGGCAUUUCCUCAGCUUUACCAGAUUCAUGAGAUGACCAGUUUGACAGGGGGAACAUUCAACUCAGGGCUCACUCUGACCUUUGAAAAACAGCUACUAAUCAUGGGCAAUGUGGAUAUUACAGACCACAAGAUAGUGCCUGCUGACGCACAACUUGCAUCGGAUUAUCAGAGUGUUUCAUCAGAGAAUCCUCCAGCUAAAAAAGCUAAGGACAUGCACGCUACAAUCAGCAGUGACAGUAAUGCUGAGAAGCUGUGUGCCCGUUAUGAGCCUCACGUGUGUCUGACUCGAGAUGCCUUGGUCAGACUGCUAGACAACCAUGGCCCUGACUUUGGAGAGCAAUGGGAACUGCCUGUUCAGGUCAAAUUAAAUCCUGGAAAAGGCAGUAGUCAGAAGAAGACUGUGUACAUAGACUCACCCCUACUGAAGACUGAAAUGACAGUGAGAGAGAGGAGUCAUGUUUUCCAUGAAGAGAGUUUGAAGCUCUCCAUCAAGAAGAAUGGUAGAAAAAAUGUAUUCCAUUUAAUGACAGAGCUUCCUGUGAAUGAGCAGCAACCCUCACCGGAGAAGUCGCAGAGAAAUUUUGUGUCUUUUGAAAACAGUGGUCUUGACUUUGAGGUGGACCUCACUGACUUGGAGACAUUUGGAGAAAAAACACCCCUUAAAACUUCCAAGGUGCAGAAGAUGCAGAAAGAACAGGAUGCAUGUGUUAAAAGUGAAAAAGUUACAGGUCCAUCGCCUUUAAGUAAGACCAAAAGGUCCAGUGAGCAUCUUGUAAACAGCAGCAGUAGUUCACAAGAAAUGAGUGCCUCAUUGACAGAUAAUGAUUGCCCCAUAACAGAGGAGAUGACUCAGCCGCAUGUGAGUGAGGCAAAUGCUGCAGUGACUGAACAGCUGAGACAAGGCUCUAUUCAGGAAAGUGAUGAAAACCAAACAGUUACUGGAGACUCAGAUGAUGAGAGGUUAGUCAUUGAUGAUCCUUUGUCUGCAGCUGCCACACCCACAACUCAACAUAAACCUAAGCCCACACCAUGCUCUGCGGUCCCCCCUCCUACCCCUGCCUCUGUAAAUUCAUUAUCACCAUCCCCUCAAAAAUUUACAAGGCAGCGACAAUCCAAAAGAGCAAAAGUGGCUGACGAUCAACUGGGUGAGAUCCUGCGCAUGCAGACAGCCAUGUUCAACUCUGCCAAUGACAAAUCCAAAUGCUCAACUAUAUCCCAGGAGACCAACUCACCAACCAAAAGUAUGGGACCCUCAGUUCACUCCCAUCCAGCGUCCUUAGUUAAGCCCUGUGUGUCCUCGUAUUUAGAGAGAAACCAGAACCGGGAUGAAGAGACCUGUGCUGCUCCUCUUCAUGGAUCUGCACAAGUGGUCCAUACUACAGAGCAUAAAAAAAUACUAUCAAAGGACCUGCAGGCUGGUGCAGAGGAUGAACAAGACUACAAGGCUCCAGAGAAGGGUAACCUGCUCUACAAGAUCUACAGUCUGCAAGAUUUGCUGCUCAUGGUGCGCAGCUCUGUCUCACUGACCCAUAGCAGAAAAGUAGUCAGCAGCCAGAGCAACAAGUAUGUGCCAGUGCAUGUCUUGCCGAAGCUGGAGUACCAGUUGAGUUAUGGUGUUGAGUGUCUAAGCAGUAGUGAGGCUUGCCAGCUGUGGACAGAAACAGCACUCCACUCCAGUACUGUUUCCUACAUAGCUCACAUCAAUGCACACACUUCAAAAGUAGCUCAGCUAAGAAAGCUGCCUGACGACUGGAAACAGAACAUCUCUUGUGGGUUCAAGCCGUCUAAGUCACUGAAUAUACUGCACCACCUACUGAAAAAACUAACUGGGUUAGAAGAAGGACAGUACCUGAUUGCACACAAGGCAAGGGAACCAUUUGUGACCUUAUUAAAAGCAGUUAAUGGGAAAGUAAGUCGGGGGUUAUACAAUCUGCAGCAGGUCCACAGCACUGUCCCCCAGCCCCCAGCCUCUGGGCUUGUGCCCUGGAUCCCUGUUGAUCCAGCUGUGGUGCUGCCCUUCCACCAGAAACACAGCCGUGUCCCCUGCACCUUCCCACCAAGACCCUUCCUAAAGACACCAAAAGAUGGGACAUCACAGUCUAACAACCAUGGAGCCGGGCAGUCAAACAAAAACUUGAAUGCAGGAAGAAACAAGAAGAAGAAAAAACAAAGUAAACGUUCAGCCAAGCGUAACAAGUAUAUUAAGAAGCUCGUUCAGAAAUCAAUUUAAAAUACCGUAUUAUAGCAUUUAAUAUCAUGUCAUUUCAUAUCAUGGGUUAGGUAAGUCAGAAGAGGAGCUAGAUCUUUGUUGCUGAGGAGAGGAGAGGAGAGGAGAGGAAAGGAAAGGAGACCACUGACAAUGUUAAAGAUUUCAUACAAGAGGUACAUUGUGACCUUAAACAUAAAUGUGAAUGCUAAAGCAUGUUUACAGUACAGAAUGUAUACUUUCUAUCUAUAUUUUUCUAUUUUGUUCAGUGAAAUUUCUUGUAUAAUUUGUAAUGUUUUGUAAAUCAGAGCGACAAUAAACUGUUAAAGUGUU